AUCAGCAUUCAGUUGACAAAAUUUUAAAGGGAAAAUCCAAACAAGAUUUUUCCCGAUUUUUCUUGUUUUUCGCAGUGAAAAUAACACGCCGACCAAAUGAAAGUCGAAAUCGAGGAUAUGGACGUGAGCACUAUAUGUGAUUCCGUCUCUUCUUUGGUGGAGGGCUGCCGGUUGCCAGUACACAUGAAAGGUACAAAGGACUGGCCUCUGGCAGAGAUUAUCAGCAUUAAAGAUGUCCAGGGAACCAAAUAUUAUUAUGUACAUUAUGUUGAUUUUAACAAACGUUUAGACGAAUGGGUGUUAGAAGAGUCCCUAGAUACCAGAAAAGUGCAUUUUCCGCGCAAAGACGCCGGCCCGGGCACAGGUGUCACCACCCCAAAAAAACUCCACAUAGGUAGCGGCAUGGUGUCGGCGAUGCCUAUGAGUACCAGCGGAAGUACCCAGUCCUCAAGACCGUCUAGUCCAAUUUUAAACAAUUCAGAACUGUUGAAUGGAAAUGCCGUUUUGGCGGCGGCAUUACAAAAGAAAAUGAAUAGGAAAAGAAAGGGGCCUUCGCUAGAAAGCGAGGACUCCCAGGAGGGCCCCCCUAGUCAGCCCCCGCCGCAGCCCCAACAGCAACCGCCCCCUGGGCCCAGACAGUCCGGCAGUAUGGUUUCCCACCACGAUGAUAUCGUUACUAGGAUGAAAAAUAUCGAGAUGAUCGAAUUGGGGCCGCAUAGGAUAAAGCCUUGGUAUUUUGCACCUUAUCCGCAGGAAAUGGUAAACCUUCAGUGCAUCUACAUCUGCGAGUUCUGCCUAAAAUACCGGAAAAGUAGAAAAUGUCUCGAACGCCACGUAUUAAAGUGUAACCUGAGACACCCCCCGGGCAACGAAAUUUACCGUAAAGACAACAUAUCGUUCUUCGAAAUAGACGGAAGAAAAAACAAAGUUUACGCACAAAACUUGUGUCUGCUCGCCAAACUCUUUCUAGACCAUAAAACCCUUUAUUACGACACAGACCCGUUCUUGUUUUACGUUAUGACGGUGUUUGACCACAGGGGAUUCCAUAUCGUAGGGUAUUUUUCAAAAGAAAAAGAGUCUACGGAGGAUUACAAUGUAGCUUGUAUACUAACACUGCCGCCGUUCCAAAGAAAAGGAUACGGGAAGCUUUUAAUAGAGUUUAGUUAUGAAUUAUCAAAAUUUGAAGGUAAAACCGGCUCUCCAGAGAAACCCUUAUCGGACCUGGGCCUAUUGUCUUAUAGGAGCUACUGGGCCCAGACCAUACUGGAAAUCUUGCUCUCAGUAAAACCUGUAGGGGAAAAUGAAAAACCGCAAAUCACCAUAAAUGAAAUUUGUGAACUGACCAGUAUUAAGAAAGAAGACGUGAUCUCAACGUUGCAAAACCUGAACUUGAUAAACUACUAUAAGGGGCAAUACAUAAUUACGCUUAGUAAAGAAAUUAUUCAGCAGCAUUACGGGGCGAUGGAGUCGAGGAAGAUCCGGAUCGAUUCUAAGGCCCUCCAUUGGACGCCCAAAGACUGGGGGAAACGCGCCAAGUGGUAAUUUUUAGGUGUUGUUUUUUUUUUGUUCAUUAAGAAGACUGAAUUUUAGUAUUUUUAUUUAAUUGUAUUGUUUAUUUAGUUAAGGUUUAAAGUAAACGGAAGUUUCAUGUU